ACCUCUCCCCUCGCACCCUUACUUUUCAUCGUGCCCCGGAUUUUUUUUUUUCUCUCCCCUUCAUGUACAGUCUGAAAAUGGUGAGAGGGAAAACCCAGAUGAAGAGAAUAGAGAAUGCUACAAGCAGGCAAGUAACCUUCUCAAAACGCAGGAAUGGACUGCUGAAGAAAGCGUUCGAGUUAUCGGUUCUCUGUGAGGCUGAAGUUGCACUCAUCAUCUUCUCCACUAGAGGGAAGUUGUAUGAGUUCUCUAGUUCAUGCAUGAACAAGACUAUUGAACGUUAUCAGAAGAAAUCAGAAAAGCACUCUGGAAACACCAAAGGACUACAUGAAAAUAUUCUGAAUGAAAUGGAAGAGACUCAUGACUUGGGAAAGAAGAUUGAGUUUCUUGAAGAUUAUAGACGAAGACUGUUAGGAGAAGGAUUGGGGCUGUGUUCUAUUGAUGACUUGCAAAACUUGGAAACCCAGCUCGACCGAAGCUUGGCCAAAAUUAGGGCAAGAAAGACUCAGUUGCUGUUAGAACGGAUUGAGAAGCUAAAGGGAGAGGAGAGACAGUUGUUGGAUGACAAUGCAAAAUUGCGAGAAAAGUGUAGUAUGCGACCGCGAGACGAAUCACAGGAACAAAAUACAGAGAGCAUGGAGGUAGAGACUGAACUGUUCAUAGGACCGCCUGAUGAGAGACGGAAUACUACUACCCAGAAAUUACCAUAAUCAAAACACACACAAGUUCAAACGUUACUCUCUCCGUCUUCAACUACUUACUAGUAUGUUUGAAUAAGGGGAAAUAAAUUGUGCAUAUACAU